AUGGAGUUCUUCAAAGAGCACGCGGUGAAGGACAAGACGGACACCGAGAUUGUCAAGGUGGUGAUCGGCUGGGACAUCGAUGAGUGGAGAGAGAACAUCUCCAGACUCAAGGCGUCGGCGGUUUGUGGUUUUGUCCUACUGCUUCCAGUGACACCGCAGACGCCCCUGCGGCGAAUACCCUAA